AUGAUCUGGGGCACCUUGGAGGCUGGUGGGCUCCUCUGGGGCUGGGAUGUGGAUGGAGAUGAUGACUGGGAAGGGACUGUGCUGGCCUUGCUAGCACUGGCUGUGGUCGCCACCACAGCACUGGCUUUGCAGUGGUUUGGCUUCAGGCAGGACCAAGAGGAGGCAGUCACACUGUCCACAGCUCCAGGGGUGCAGUUUACUCAGACAGGAGGAGUUAGCUCGACCCUGCGCCCAAAGUCCAACGUCAGUGGUACCAGCGAGAGACAGAGCCUACCGCAAGGGAAGUCAGACGCUCCUGGUCACAACCAGAGGAGACCUGUUACAGCUGGGGCCAAGGACCGGGAGCCCUCAAGAGACAGAGGUAUGGCUUCCACAGACGGUCUUUCACUCAAUACCCCUAGUGAGGUGGCUGGCAGAGGGGUCACUUCAGGGACCCAUCAAGAUAAAGGAAAGGAGACUGUCAGGCCAAACACAGACCUCCUAGGUCAGAGCAAAGCAAGGGGUAUGCCUGCCCCAGUGCUGAUCCACUUCACCGCUAGGAGUCCUGGUAACGAAGCAGAGAUGCAGAUGGAAGUAGCUAGCGCCCUUGCCAAGGGGCCAGCUCCCCAGGCCCCAGUCCAUACUGAGCAACAGGACACCAGUCCUUGUCACCUGGGUGUGGGGUCUCCUGGUUUGCUAGGGAGAGGCCUGGGCAGCCGGCCAAGGCGCCCAGGUGAUGGCUCAGGAGACAGACGACAUCCCCCAAAGCCAGACCCCCUCCGUCUGGGCACAGUGGUGAGUGUGUGGGACGCUGUGGAUGGGAACUCCGCAGCUGCCCAAAUAAUACUCGCCCGAAGUCCCUGCACAGGUUCCCCACUACCGGGCUCAGACAGGGGCCCAGGCACUCAGGAGCCCGGCGGUGCUCUCGCUGCGCCCACCCAAGCGGACUGCUCCAAGGACGAGGACGCGCUCAGGAGGAGCACUUCCCAGCUCGCCCCAGCAGACACUGCAGGCUCUGGGGAGACCGAGUCCCCAGUCCUCAGGAAGACUCAGGGGGUCUUGGCUCUGGAGGAAGCCUGGCCCUGGGUGAGAGGGGCAGCAGUGGUCACCAACUUCAACUGCGACCAGGGCACGUCGCCGGAGGAGCUUCCCCCGGAGGCCUGUGAGGCUGACCAAGUUUCAGACAAGAGUGGGACGGAGAAGCUAGGGGGCCACUGCAUCCGAGAAGGGAGAGGGUCCCUUCAUGGCCAGGGUAGCCAGCAGGAAGCCAGCAGUCCAGCUGCUGACCAGAGGCCCGCGCGUUCCCUGGGCACAGCAAAGUCUACGGUUUGCCGCAGCCGCAGCCCUUCCUGUAGUCAUCUUUCCUCGCCUGUGACUGGGGUCGCUGAGGUCCUUCAAUCGGUUCCACCCGCUGCGCCCAUAUCGAUCCACUCUGGUCUCCUACCUGCUCCUUCCAACUCUUUGCACCUGGGAAUUAGCCAUUGUUCUAAUGGUGAAAAUCUCAGAGCAGCACUAGCCUCCUUUUCCGUCCCAAUUUUAGCUUCAACUGAAAUUUCAACUUCAGUCCCAGCCACAACAUCCCCAACAUCACCCCAAAAUCCAGCCUCUGAUUCGGUUGCAGCCGCAGCCCCAUCCCUAGCCCCAGCACCAGCAAUAGUCAUUGGGUCAAGCCCUGUGUCUGAGAAGCCCAGUGAGGGCCUCUCAAGGAGCUCCAAGGAAGGAAGGAUCUCAACUAGCUGGGGAAACCUUAUUACCAUGGUUCUUAGAAGCCACCCCUUCCCCAAGCAAGACAGGCUCCAAGAGAGUGCCCUUGGGGCAAUUCUUUGCAGUCCUGCAGGACCCAUUACAUCCAUACAGUCUGAGGAUACACAGCCAGGCUUCCAAUCUGAAGGAGCCAUCUCCAGACUUCAGAACAGGCACAGACCCUUGUCUGGCUUAGUCCCAUCACCAGGUUUAGGGGGUGUAAUUGUGGCUGAAUGUCAACCACAGCCAAUGAGCAUAGAAACCAAUGGCGAUCUCACUUUUGACUCACCUCCAGACCCAAGAAGAGAUGGAGCCAAGGAGGAAAGUCUAGACUUGCAAUCUCUGGUUGAAAUGCCCACGGCCCCCUCACAGCCUCCUGUGUAUAUACAGCCUGGCCCUUUGCCAUCUACUGUUGAGAGGCAGAACUCUCAGCCCAUCCCCCAGCCUCAAAUUCCCAGUUUGUGUGAAAUAGCCCAGAACCCUGAGCAAGUAGCAACCCAGGCAACUCCCAGGCAGUCCCAAGGGCAGGUGCCAGAAGAAGGGGCCAGUCCUGCAUUCAGUAGGAGAAUCCUCACAGAGAAGCAGAAAGAGGCCCAAAAGCUUUUGGUUUUUUUGCAAAGGCCUAGCAGUUGGGGAGUUGUGGAGCGGCCUGGAAAGUCGCAUUCUAGAGCCUUGCAGCCCGCCACAGAGGUGGCACUGUGUUCCCAGAGGCUAGAUCUGAGUAGCUGCCUGGAGGUCCUAGCCUUUGCCCAGCAGCAUGGGGAGCUGAGCCUAGCUCAGGAGACCUACACCUUGAUGAGCAACAACUUGCUACAUGUGCUGGGUGAUCCACAUCUCUACAGGCAGCUGAGUGGGGCUGACCGGGAGCGCAUCCUGAGCCUGCGGACCUGCCAGGGCCAGGUGGUACUGGGGGUCCUUGUGUUGCCCAGCCUUUACCAGGUGAGCCGCUCAGACCUCACAAAGGACCCUCUUGGUGAGGAGGAUCCAACAGCUGAGCCUGAGCCUUUGCCUCGACACCUCCACAUGUUCAGUCCUCAAGAGAAUGUGUGGAAGCCCCUGACACAGUUACCCCAGGAGGUCCCACUUCGAGGCUGUGGUCUUUGCACAAUGCACAAUUACCUGUUCCUGGCAGGUGGUAUCCGGGGUCAUGGUGCUAAGGCUGUCUGUUCAAAUGAGGUGUUUUGCUAUAAUCCUCUGACCAAUAUUUGGAGUCAGAUUCGGCCCAUGCAGCAGGCCCGGGCCCAACUCAAGCUGGUGGCCCUGGAUGGAUUGCUUUAUGCUAUAGGAGGUGAGUGCCUAUACAGCAUGGAGAGGUAUGACCCACGUACAGACAACUGGACCUCAAGGGCUUCCCUCCCUGAGGGUACCUUCCCUGUGGCCCAUGAGGCUGUGGCAUGCCGUGGGGAUAUCUAUGUGACAGGGGGUCACCUCUUUUACCGCCUGCUCAGAUACAGCCCUGUGAAGGACUCAUGGGAUGAGUGCCCUUACAGUGCCAGCCACAGGCGAUCCAGUGACAUGGUGGCACUGGGGGGCUUCCUGUACCGCUUUGACCUGUUGAGAGGUGUGGGUGCCUCAGUGAUGCGCUACAACACAGUGACAGGCUCCUGGAGCCGGCCAGCCUCCCUGCCACUUCCCAACCCUGCCCCAAUCCGCUGCACAGUGCUAGGCAACACCAUUUAUUGUCUCAACCAUCAAGUCACUGCUACCUUCACAGUCUCUGAGGGUACUGCCCAGUUCCAGGCCAAGGAGCUGCAGCCCUUUCCCCUGGCAAGUAAGGGAGUCCUCUGUCCAUUUAUUCUGACUCUACCCCCUAAGGCCAGGCUGCAGACCACACUUUGA